AUGAUCGAAAAGGUUCCGCCUUUGGUUUGUAAAGGAAAGAAAAACUUGACUUUUUAUCAAAAUGGAGUCCUAAGAAUCACUCCAGGAGAAAAUGUAAGAAAGGUUGACUAUCAAAUUCUACGAAGAAAGAGAGACACUGGGCAAGGUUACGACGUUUUCCGAACGGGCACGUUGACGCCGUCGGAUCCCGAAGUGGAGCUAAACGAAGACAUGGUGUAUCUUGAGGUACAAACCGACGAUGGUGACGCCCAAAGAGAGUUUCACCUUGAUGUACGACCACGUAAAGAGUACGUAGAACGCAGUGCGAGUACCAAAUCAGGUAUACCGCUGAACGUUAUGAUGGUGGGCAUGGAUUCCACGUCACACGCGCAUUUUCAUAGGAAACUGGGAGCAGUCUAUGAGUAUUUGAGGGACGAGCUACACUCGGUCAUAUUCAAUGGACAUUCGAUUGUUGGUGAUGGCACCACUGAGAAUGUCGUAGGGAUGCUUGUUGGUCGCUUUCUAGAUGAAUUGCCUGAAGGCCGAAAAGGGAGGCCUGGUGCCGAGUGUAUCGACCGCUGGCCACUAAUAUUUAAAGACAUGCGAGAACAUGGCUACGUAACAUACUAUAGUGAGACGAGGUUUUGGAACGAAAAAGUGGUAGAGAAAGGCACGUAUAUUAAGGGUCACUGCCUGGGCUCUCAAGCGAUAUACAACGUUAGUUUCGACGCUGUUCAAAGCUUCCUUGACGCUUACCCCAACACGCCAAAAUUCGGGUUUCAAUUCAAUGCAGAUUUUUGCCAUCACGAAUCUUUUAAUUUUAUUUCGCUGGUCGAAGAUAGGCUGUUCAAUUUUCUCAAGCAUUUGAAAGAUAAGAAUUAUCUUAAUAAUACUUUGUUAAUUUUAUUUGGAGAUCACGGACUUCGCUACGGUUUUGUCCGUUCCAGCAUUCUUGGCCGGAUGGAAGAGAGAUUACCUUUUCUGUCUAUGACUUUCCCGCCUUGGUUCCAGGCCUCUUAUCCCGAACUCUAUGCGAACUUACGAAGGAACGCCGAAGUUCUUACGUCGCAUUUCGAUAUCCACGCUACCCUUCAGCAUCUUUUGACGUAUCCGAAAGAGCCGCAAGGUUUGCCUCACGGGAGAAGUUUAUUCACAGACAUAGGUUGGAGAACAUGCGAACAGGCGGGGAUACCAUUUCAUUACUGCCCGUGUUUAGACUGGGAUAUAGUUAGUGCUGACCACAAAGAUGUGCAGAUGAGCGGGCUCGCUGUCGUCAGCAAAAUUAACCGCAUGCUGAAAGAGACGGGCAUAGACCAAAAAUGCGCAACUUUAAAACUGGAAAAAGUUAAAUCAGCAAUUUUAAUAAAGUCAAAAAUCGGAGGAGAUGAAGAAAGUCGCGCAACAAAUGUCCUGAAGGGUGGUUGCAUGUAUCAACUUCAAGUUGAGACAACGCCAAAUAACGGUCUCUACGAAGCGACGGUACAAAUGAUCUUCGGGGAACCUCAUGUUAAUCCUCAAAUAAGCAGAAUCAACCAGUAUAGAAAUGCAGCGAAUUCCGGACACUGGGUAGACGGACGGCACCUUCCCGUAACAUAUAGUGAAGGGCCUCUUUACAACAACGAGUUUUGA